AUGGUUGGACACCAAGAUCAAGUCAUUCUAACUUCUGAGGGGACCUUUUACACGCGUAUUGUGGGCUUCUUGAAACGAAAGGAAAGGAAGAAAAACAAGCGCAGCCGCAGCAGAUCAUCCUCAAGCUCUUCGUCGUCGCCUUCAUCCUCCUCCUCCUCCUCCUCCUCCUCCUCCUCCUCCAUGUCCUCUUCGUCUUCGCGCAGCAGGAGCAGCUCGGGCAGCUCAAGCAGCAGCGAAUCCCGUGACAAGUCUAAAGCAAAGAAAAGAAGAAAGGAAAAGCAGCAUAAAAAGAAAGGUAAGAAAGAAAAGAAGCAUAAAAAGAAGAGGGACAAGAAAGUCAAGCGCGAGAAAGAGAGUUCUGGAGGACCUGUUCAGAUCUCAAAGUUUUUGAAGGAUAAGAAGAAGAGUGAUAAGUACAGCAUGAUUUCAGGAAAGAAGAUCAAAAUGAAAGUGAAAAAGACGAAGAAAGACAAGCAGAGAGACAAAAAUCGUGCAGAGCUGCUGGAAUUUCUGAACUCUGCAUUCUGACAUGUGGGAAACUUUGAAAGUAUUCCGGGACUUUUUUUUCCUCCCAUACAUUUUCCAUAAACCAUUUCAGGCAUCCCAUCAUGAAGAGCCACAAAACAACUCAGGGAUCUUCAGAAUAAGCAUGCAUACCUGAACUGCUUCUUUUGUUCUUUAUUUUUCCUUGCUCCUUGCCAAUAUAUUUUGAUAACCUCAAGGAAUGUUGGAUCAAUAACCAUUUUCACAACAUAAUUAUCCUGAGAAGUCUUUAUUAUUGUACCAUACAUUUUGUCCCACAUUUUUUUUUAUUGUGACUGGCACAUCUGAAUCUGAAGUGUAGCACCUGUACUUUAAUACAGAGAAUUGAAGGCAAAUUGUGCUUUAAUUCUGCAAUGGGCAUCACUGCCCUAUAUUGUAUAGUACAUUCAUCCUUAAUUAGCCUUUACCGAAUUCCAGUUGCAUUCUGAAAAAUUGGCAGUACUCAGAAAUGUUUAGUACAGUUUCAUCUUUCAUUUCAAAUAUGAAAUUUAUGUUUAAGCAUUUUAGCACUGUACUCAUACAUCCUUCAUAAAGCUUUGCUCUGGGGAAAGGCAGGUGCUAAAUUAAGAAGGUGGUACAAUAUUUGUUAUUUUUACAGUACUUAGAAUAGAACUAAGAAGGUUUUCCCUUUUUGUAGAUUUUAAGUUAUAAUUGCAUUACAAAUUUGAGUAACCUGUUUAGACAAAUACUAAUAUAAUAAUUUGCUGUCUAUUGGAAGAAGAAUUAUGUCUUUGUAAUCAUUUGUUAUGUUAUAUGUUUUUCAAAUGUAGACCUGUUAUGUCUGGAACAUUUAAAAACAAUUAAGUUUCAAUAAAAUUGUACAGUUGAUUGAGGCCCCUACUAAUGAAGAUAGUUGCAAACUUCUGGUUGUGCCCCAAGAUCCCUUUUAUCUCCUGAUACAAAGCUUCAGCAGUUUCUCACUGGCACACUGUAUCGAAAUUGUGCUGUGGUCAAAUCGGCAUUGUCUGUAUGUCCAGAGUUGCAUACUAUUUUAAUUUUCAAAGCAGUAAUUUACUUUAUGGUUUUAAAAUUGAUUUGUUAGUGUGAAUUACCUCAACCAUAUUUUUUUAAAGAUUGUCUUCCAGGAUUCCCCUUCAUAAACACAUUUGUAUAUGUAUCUCUCAACUCUUGCUCUGAUCAGCACGUUUCUCUGUUAACUGGCUUCUGCUUGCCCCUCUGGAUGAUAGUAAAUACUCUAUUUUCUAAUCCAAAUCUCUUUGAUGUCUCAGUAAAACUUUUUUAAAAGCUUUUCAGAAUUUGUGAUGUGCCCUCAAUCUUGACUCAAAUGAUAAGCAGAAGAAAAUCAAUUCAAAUAAUUGAGAAUUCUCCUGGGAAAUUGUAGAAAAAAUAUGGCUAUAGUCAUAGCUAUUUUGACUUUUAAGUUUGGUGACACCUCUCUGUUUUUUUAGUCUGAUAUGUUGAGAGCACACCUGUGAAAAGCAUGGAUGUAAUGGCUUAUAUUUGUAGAUUCUAAUGAUACAAUUGUAAAUUAACAGUAUUAUUUUGAAGAGUUUAGAUUAAAAUUCAGAUGAAGACUAAGACUAUGCUUAUUGUUCAACAUUAUUGUAAUUCAGUCUCACAGCAUUUUCAAAUAGGGGGUUCCUGACUUUACAAAGUCUUAAGCAAAGAAUAAUGCAGCAUACUGUAUACAGUAACAUGAUUUUGUACCUUCUCCACUUUACCCAAGUAGUAGCUAUAGAAAGCUAAGCUAAUAUUACCACUAUCCCAAUUUAUUGGAGUUUAAACACAAAUCCAAGUUUUAUACAUUACAUUUUGAAAUUAUUUUUCAUAAAAGACUUUCAAAAGCAACAUUUCUGUUCUUGAAAAAAAAUAUGAUUGAAGAUUUAGAUUUUUAUAUCUGAAAAUCAGUGCUAUGGGCUUUUCCAUAUCUCUCACUGAAAUUAAUUAAAUACUUCUUUUUUUAAAAAAAGAAUCAACUUGUAUUCUCUGGAUCUUGAACUAAAGUGCUGGUUUUGUCAUAAAGGUUUGUGGAAAAAUUAGUUUAUUCAUAUAAACGUUAGGCAAAAAAUAAACAAUUUGUCUUAAAUAACACUUGCAUAUUUUACAAUGAUGAUGCCUUUAUUUAUGUUUAAAUGAAGUCUUUUUUUUCAAUAUCUGCUACUUUUUAUUUACGCCAUCUUGGUAGGAAUAAUGUACAGAUUGAUCCCCAUAGAUGUUCCUUUAAACCUGAAUCUGUGUAUAUCUGACAUUCAUGGGAUAGACUAAGUUCAGCUUUGUUUUAAGUCCACAUAAGUCCAAUGUACCCUGUUUUAAUGUCUCUCAGAUUCUAGAUUACUCUCACAUAAUUUCUUAAUUAAGAAACUGUGGGGCUUUCAUUGCCAUGUUAAUGUUCUGUGACGACUGCACUACUCCACUGUGUGUAUACAGAGCCUUGCCAUAGAGAAAUAAGUCACCUUGUGGGUGCACUGAAGAAGUGGAAGUUUUCUUCUUAGGUCUGUAGUUAUAUAUUGUUUUUCAAUAAAAAAGUGUGACUAACAAA